CUUGGAAUUGGCAUCACCCCGAAGCGGAAAAAAAUAUGAUUUACUGCAAAGGAAGCUGGGACAAAGAAGACACUUAGUCUAUGUACUUUCUCCCCCCACCCCACAAUAUCAGAGAGAGUAAUCGGAUUUUGACUUAUUAGCGAAUGACUCAAGAGGACUAAUUUUAGUAGCCUAACUGUAUUUCCAGUCACUGGUUUUCAGACAAUGGUCCCUUUGUGUUGUGUCUUCACCCUAACGGAGCGGUUAUAUUCUUAGUUUUCGUGAACUUGCAUUUAUUCAAAACGUUCCUUGUGGCAAAUUGCUUUAACUUUCACAAGACGGACCUACUUAUGAUUCACCACCGGACAACCUCUGUGUAGUGAGGGUACCUCAGAAGAGAGACAGAAUGCCUUGGAGCUCCGGUACCUGUCGUUCUCAGCUCACACAUGCUUAUGUUUCAAGGAAAACUGGAUAUACCACACACCCAAAGAUGAACGCAUGUGGAUUUCAUUUCCUAGCUAUCUUUUUGUUUUGCCUCACAACUGCUGAUAUCGGCAACGGUUUGGAAUGCACUGCUGGCUGUCACAAGGAUAAUGGGGUGUGUGAAGAGAAUGGUACAUGUAGGUGCAAACCAGGGUGGCAGGGCACGACGUGUGACCAGUGUGUGCCUUUCCCCGGCUGUGCUCACGGGACGUGCGACAAGCCCUGGCAGUGUGUGUGUGAGGACGGCUGGAUAGGAAGCCAGUGUGAUGAAGACACUAACCCCUGCUCCAGUAAACCCUGCUCUGGCAACUCUACCUGUAUCGAGACGGGCGAGGGAAGAUACCUAUGCGUCUGUCCCCCGGGAUACAUCGGAGAGCGCUGCCACCUGAGGAAAGGAGACUGCCAACGGAAUGGGACUGUUUGCCAAAAUGGAGGCACCUGUCACAACGCUCAGGGCUUCACUCUGCAGCCCACCUGCGUCUGCCCCCCCGGCUUCACUGGGCACCUCUGUGAGACCAAGACUGCCCCAUGCCAUCCAAACCCAUGUGCCAACGGCGGCAUCUGCACCGACUACGGCCCCGGGCACACCUGCACCUGCCCGCCUGGCUACGGAGGCCCCAGCUGCCUAAACAGCAGCAGGACUGAGCAGGACCCCCUCCCCUCCUCCCCCUCCUCCCCCUCCUCCCCCUGCUCCAGCAGCCCUUGCCUCAACGGCGGCUCCUGCCUCAAUGGCACCAGCGCCAGCGGCUUCCGGUGCCUGUGCCUGCCGGCCUUCUCCGGGCCGCUGUGCUCGGCGCCGGCCCACCGACCCAAACCCCGGCCCAAGGCCAAGCCCCGGCACCUGGAGCCCCACGGCGGCGGCGGCAGCAGCAGCAGCGACAGCCUGUCUCCGCAGCACUACAGCCUCCCGGCGCACGCCUUCCACAAGCUGCUGCGCCCGCCCGAGCGCGAGCUGCUCAAGAUCACGCUGAAGGAGACGGUGCACGCGCCGGGCGCCGCCAUGGUCACCCGCAGCCAGCUGGUCUGCUUCGCCGUGCUGGGCCUGCUCACCUGCCUGGUGGUGCUGGGCACCACCGCCAUCGUCUUCUUCAGCCGCUGCGAGGCCUGGAUGGCCAACGCCAAGUACAGCCAGCUGGUGAGGCAGCAGAGAGAGCACCUGCUGCGGACCAGCGGAGAGGGAGGAGGAGGAGGAGGCGGCGGGGAGGAGCACUCGGUCAACAUCAUCCUGCCCGAGAAAAUCAAGCUGACAAACUACGGCAAGCAUUACACAUCGAUUUGAGCCUGGGGUGUGAGCGUGGCAAGUAGUGUGAGGAGAGAGGGAGAGAAAUGUGUGUGUGUGUGUGUGUGUGUGUGUGUGUGUGUGUGUGAGAAAGGGGUCAGUUACCAGAUGUCCGUACUGUUCAGUCACAUAGGCUACUGUAUGUAGGUUGGAUCAGGAGGUGAAGCACUACUUCUUGAUCGCCUGGGGCUUUUAUCAUGACAUUCAUGGACAUUUAAACUCAGAGAAGCAAGAGUCUCAACAGUGGCCAUGACACUUGAAUGUAAUCAGCUAACACUUUGUGCCAAAAGAGGGACAUGCCAACAAAUGUUUCAGUGUGUGACUGUGUAUAAUGGACUAUAUUUAACUGUAAAUAUGCACAAGUUAUAUCAUUAUCAAGGACAUAUGAAGUUGGCUGCCCAUUUUCAUUUGAUUUAUUUAACACCAUCUUUGUUUGACCUUUGUAUCGUAUUAGUCUUGUACAAGAGCUUCGCUGCUACACAGCAUUUUAAAUUGUUGUAAUUUAAAUCUCAAAAGAAGUGAACAGUUUCUGUGAAGUUGUGUUAGACUUUUCCCCCCUUCUUUUCUACAGAUCUCCAUAACACAACUGACGCUGGAGAAGAAUUCCAAACAUUUGAAACUUUAAAAAAAAUAGAUUUUGACAGUGUUGUAGAUAGACGGGUCAGUUGGUGUAUGUCAAAGACACACGCAUUUGUAAUGCCAAUAUGUAGAGGCAAGUGUAUGUCAUAUUAAAAAUGUGAU